AUGUCUCUCUCUUCUCUCUCUCUCUCAACUCUUUUACAACCACCCGCUUCAUAUUUCAUUCUGCUUCCUUUCUCACAUCUUCUCUAUCUCUUUCUUCAAUAUCUCACUCAACCUCUGUCGCUUUCUCCUUCACAGAGGCACAAACUCUUUUUUCUAUAUCUGUCUCUACCUAUCUAUCUCUUUCACAUCUUUUUUUGCUUCUUCAUCUUUUCCACUAGGCACACCCUCUUUUUCUCUUUCUGGCUGUCUGUCUGUCUCUCUCUAUCUCUUUUAGCUUUACAUGCGGACACGGUCUUUCUUCACUCUCUCACUCAACCACUCACAUCAAUUUUCUUUCACUUUCUCAUUGACAGGUACACACUCUUUUUCUCUUUCUGUCUGUCUGUCUGUCUCUCUCUAUCUCUUUUAACUUUACAUGCAGACAUGGUCUUUUUCUGCUCCCUGACUCAACCACUCACGUCAUCUUUCUGUCAUUUUCUCAUUCACAGAGGCACACCUACUUUUUCUCAUUCUGUUUGUCUGUCUCUCUUCAUCUCUUUUAACUUUACAUGCAGACAUGGUCUUUCUCCAAUGUCUCACUCAACCACUCGCUUCAUCUUUCUAUCACUUUCUCAUUCACCGAGGUACACACGUUUUCUUUUCUCUUUCUGUCUGUCUCUAUUUCUUUUGACUUUACAUGCAGACAUGGUCUUUCUCCAAUGUCUCACACAACCACUCACAUCAUCUUUCUGUCACUGUCUCAUUCACAGAGGCACACACACUUUUUCUCUUUCUGUCUGUCUGUCUGUCUCUCUAUCUAUUUUAUGUCUGCAUGAACACAUAGUAUUUCUCUUUCUCUUUCUCCACUCUUUCGCUCAUGCACACUCAUUUUAUGUUUCUCUUACUCUCCCCUUCACAUCUACGCACAUCCUUUUUUUUCCUUCUCCCUACUCCAGUGAAACCUCUCACAUACUCUAUCACUUUCAUAUCCUGUGCGAAUAUCUGAAUCCCCCACCCCCUCUCCCAAUCGCAUGUUCUCUCUUUUCGGCUCUCUUUCAUUCACGCCCUUACUUACGGUCGCCGUGUAUCUUUCUUGCAAAACAGACGGUGAAGAGCUUUUUAUAUUGGCACUGA